AUGUGGAAGGCAGAGGACCCCGGGGUGCGCGGCGAGUACGAGCGGCUGGCGGACGUCAAGAAGGCGGAGCACGCAGAGCAGUACCCCGGAUACAAGUUCCAGCCGAUGAAGAAGGAGGAGAAAGCGCGCCGCCGCGAGGAGAAGCGGCUGGAGAAGGAGCGUGCGCGCGAGGAGGCCAAGCGGGCAAAGGCGCAGAUGUCGGCGUACGCGCCCCAGUACGUGCCGAUGGUGCACAUGCCGUACUACCACGACGCGGAGCUGCCUGGGUUCCCUUCGCCGCCGAUGUCGGCCGCGUCGACCCCGUGCUCAACGCCGGGCUCGUCGCUGUCUGAGCUCGCGCCGGAGCACGCGAGGCCGCCCUCGAGUGCGCCCACACCGGCCCCGGCAGCGCAGGUGUCGUACGCGAUGCCCCCGCCGCCGGAGCCUGUCGCGUCGGGUUCGACCGCGGGACCCGCGGUGCAGCCACCGGCGGCGCAGUUUCUGCAGGUGCCGGGGCAGAAUAGCUGGUCUAUUCCGCAGGCCACGGACGCGUCGUCGUCGCAGCCGGGACCGUCCAACUGGACACUCGACGGGCAGCCGCAGGCAGAGAUCGACGCGCUGGACUGGCUGACGCUGGACAUCCCUUCGUUCGGCGACGACGCGCCCCCGUUCGCCGGCGACGCGAACAUGCACACGGCCGACGCGAACGCGAACGCGGGCGGCGACGCGCUCGCGCUGCUGGCGGAGGGCGCGAGCAUCUGGCGCAUGGACGCGUUCGACGCGGGCGCGUUCCUGGCGGACCCCCCCGGCGACUUUGACGUGCAGUUCGGGCAGCUGACGGCGUUUGACGCGGGGAUGGCGGGCAUGGGGGACGUGCGGCUGGGCAUGGAGAUGGGGAUGGGGAUGGGGCAGGACGCGCACGCGCCCGGCGGCGAUGUGCAGCGGCAGGCGGAGCAGUUCUCGGAGCUGCUAUCGCAUUUCGACUUUUCGCAGCUGCCGGGGGGCGGGAGCCUGUUCCCGUCGAGCGCGGCCAGCGGUGGCGGCGGCGCGGGGCUUGCGUGGUCUGCCUCGGGCCCAGGCGGCAUGCAACUCUCCAGUCAAUGCAUGAGUACAAUUGGGGAGUUCCGACAUAAAUUACGACUCAAGGUGACUCAAGAUCCUCCGCCGUGGCUUCCACUCGCGCUCGACAAACCUUUGCACAUCAGCCAGUGCGGCGUCGGCGUAGUCGAGGACAGGGUACAGCAAAGUAUCACGCAGGGUGGCUGUGGCGCUCGUGGGGAGGAGGAGGCGUUCCACGAUCUGACGAAUGUAUGGGUCGUCGCGCUGGAGCGCCCUAGGCCACCAGGUGUUCGUGCGCGUUCGGCUGUCGGUCUUCGGCGGAACGUUGGUGGCGUCGUGCCUGCUGGCCACAAUGAUGUUGUCGAUGACUUUAAGCUCUUCGAAGAGUUUCAUGACAGAGAUUGGGGUCUGGAGGAUGAUGUCGAUCAAUUUGUCAAGAGCUGGAAAUCACUGAAAGGAAAGCCCGAUGCGCAGCUUGAGCUCAUCAACACACGGAGAUCGCAGGCGGAGGAAAUACAAAAAUAUGUCCUCUCACCGUUUAUAUGUAUUACACUGAGUGCCUUGAACCCCCAGUUUGGCACAAUAUCGGCGGAGGCGCUGUCACAAUACUCGAAGACAUUCGAGAUGAGCGACGCCGCUAGAGACAGAGUACAAGCCCCGCAUCUGCGAUAUGAUCGAGAUGCCGGAGGAUCUGAGAAUGAAGAGAAACUCCGUGCACUAUCCCCGAACCUUGUGGAGCGCUGGCAAGCAGAGGCCCGCGAAGAGCUGAGGAGACGCGCGUUACGCUGGGUCGAAUGUCUCAAGUUAUUGCCUUACCCGGAGAUCCUCGGUCACAAGUGUCUGCGCGUUAGUGCGCCGACUUAUCGUGGGCACCCUUACAACCAGUACUGUGUCUACGCGAUCGCGGCGUGGGAGGUCGGCGUCAAUAGCCGACCUUGGAACGGUCAAGAUGGCGAGAACUGUGUCAUCACCUUGCGAACUGCGGUACGUGCCCUUUCCUCUGUCUCAUCGGCGUGUAGACUGACCGCGUGA